AUGGGGCCAAUUGUCACCAGUGCACUCUCUCUAUUCAGCAGACUACAGCUCCGUAAUGAGAAACUUCUAAACAGCCCAAAACAGGAGCCGAGACGGAAACAAACAGCCGAGACGGAAACAGCCGAGACAGAAAUAAACAACCGAGACGGAAACAGCCGAGACGGAAACAAACAGCCGAGACAGAAACAAACAGCCGAGACAGAAACAAACAGCCGAGACGGAAACAGCCGAGACAGAAAUAAACAACCGAGACGGAAACAAACAGCCGAGACGGAAACAAACAGCCGAGACGGAAACAGCCGAGACAGAAAUAAACAGCCGAGACGGAAACAAACAGCCGAGACGGAAACAAACAGCCGAGACAGAAAUAUACAGCCGAGACAGAAAUAUACAGCCGAGACGGAAACAGCCGAGACGGAAACAGCCGAGACAGAAAUAAACAACCGAGACGGAAACAGCCGAGACGGAAACAAACAGCCGAGACGGAAACAAACAGCCGAGACAGAAACAAACAGCCGAGACAGAAAUAUACAGCCGAGACAGAAAUAUACAGCCGAGACGGAAACAGCCGAGACGGAAACAGCCGAGACAGAAAUAAACAACCGAGACGGAAACAGCCGAGACGGAAACAAACAGCCGAGACGGAAACAAACAGCCGAGACAGAAACAAACAGCCGAGACAGAAAUAUACAGCCGAGACAGAAAUAUACAGCCGAGACGGAAACAGCCGAGACGGAAACAGCCGAGACAGAAAUAAACAACCGAGACGGAAACAGCCGAGACGGCAGCAGCAGCAGGCCGGACUCGUCUCAGGACCCGGCCUCCUCUGGGGCCCCUGACGUGGUCUGCUUCUGACCGUGGAAUGUGUCCAGACCUCCGUUGCUUCCUGCUGUUGCAGUGGAAGGAUGCAGUGGCUGUUUUUGAACCCUUUUCCCGGCCUGCUUCCUGCAGUCUUUCUCUCCCCGGAGGAGGUCCAAGGAGUUUGCUAAGAGUAACCCCAGAGACUUUGAGCCCUCCAUCCACAGCCCAACUCAACCGAUGCUGAGCACAGCGGACCGGACGUGCUGAUCACAGCGCGCCAGAGGAGCUACUUCCCUGAUUUUUGGGUAACGACAAGUCAUUAUAUCUUCGGUAUUUUGAACUGACCGUACAUAUAGGCAGGCAGCCAAACACAAAGGCGCCACAAACAUUCUACACAUAUUUGAACUACAGAGUGACCAACGAGGAGUCGAUGAUGGAAUCCAGCUCCACACGGCCGGGGCACCUUUUCCGGUUGCCGGGAUGGGAGCGGUUCGGUCUCAGGGGUUCAGUGUUGUUUUUGACUGGUGUUUCCUAUUCUGUACACGUUUGACAAACGUCCACCUGCAUCCGACUCGGCCACUCUGAUACCGCAUAGUCUUAACAGAUCAGAGCGAGCAGUAACACCACGGAGCUUCCCACCGCGGGGGACGCCUGGUGCCGAGUGCUGAAUAGUUCUGUGCGCGCUACUUUAAAUUCUAGUUGCUACGCAUGCAGGACCGGGAAACGGGCAGUUGCCUCUGCCUUACACAGCCUGCACCGAACGCUCAAAUGCGGUUUCCAAAUUUAAACCUUUACCACUCUCCAACGCCCGCCAGACCCCGGUCUGGGACCGCAUGCUCACACGCAGCUACAAAAUCGACACGACCCUGUGAGAAACUAGAUGACCACUUCUCCCAGACAUGAGAAAUGCAAAUCCUUCAAACAGCAAAGUAGCAAAGAUUAAGACUAUGAAUUAAAAUAGCUAAUUCCAAGCACCCCAACCCAGAUGUGGGUAAUUCCCAGAAGUGUGUUCACACACCUAUGAAUCUGUAGUAGCCAAUAAAAUUAGCUGUACACAGGUUUUCUUAACAAAUCCACUGUUAUGGAAAUAUUGUUUGACAUUAACAUAUCACACCCUCACAGGGAAAAACGCUCUAUCACACAACAAGUCUUACCUUACGUGUACAUAGAGGCCAUUGUGGUACCCAGUGGGGGGCUUGGAGUAACUUUACAGCUGAGUUUGAAUCACGUCUCUGUUGAUGUGGUUUGUACAUUUAACAAAAAUGUGGAGAAAGUGGAUCCUUUUAUUACAAUCAGAUGUUAAAGCUUGUGACCAGUAAAUAUUGAGAUAUUUACAUGUGAUUGUCUGAAAGACUAAUUUAACUCAUUUUAGGGAAUCAAUUUACAAAUAAAGACCAAACUCUUUAUUAUCAAUUUCUUUCCGGUAACAGGACCACUAGAUUGGUGAGUAAUCACACACUUGGAAAAGCUUUAUUAAACCUUAUAUGCAACACAUCUGUUCCAAGAGAUUGUAACCUGUUAAUGUGUUUCUUCUGUUUUGUCCCUGACAAAUAAAAAACUACAUUUCAGAUUUUA